UAAAUAAGCUACAUAUUUGUAAGUUUGUAGCAGCAGGAUUCAUGCGCGGUCACUCCCAUGACUUCAUGAUGUAGCUGAUGUAAAUUUGUGCUUCAACCCACGUGCUGUCCCUCACCAACAUGGCGGCCCCCAUAGAUUUAGAAUUGAAAAAGGCCUUCGCGGAGCUGCAGGCUAAAGUUAUUGAUACCCAGCAAAAGGUGAAGUUAGCAGACAUACAGAUUGAUCAACUCAAUCGUAUAAAGAAACAUGCUAGUUUGACACAUGCCGAAGUAACUCCUCUUCCUGAUAGUACGCGGAUGUACGAAGGAGUUGGACGAAUGUUCAUCCUGCAAUCUAAAGAUGAGAUUAGCAACCAGCUAAUGGAGAAGCAGAAGACUGCGGAUGACAAGAUCAAGGAGCUUGAGCAAAAGAAGACCUACCUUGAGCGCAGUGUGAAGGAGGCAGAAGACAAUAUUCGAGAGAUGCUGAUGUCCAGGAGGGCCCAUUGAUUCUCACAUCACACGGCACACACACACACAUAUGUAGACACACAUUUUUGUUAUUAGUUACUAAUUAGUCAAGUUGAAUCUUGUAAUGCACAUGAUCAGUGGGUGAACGUGGUUGAAUGGAGAUGGGCAACCUCAGAGCUCCUCUGCUCAGUAGCAGAUGCCCCAAUCUGUGUCUGUCAAAAGGAUAGACCUCCAGAAGAAUGUGCAGCCACCUAGAACAUGGGCCUAAAGACUUUCAGUUGCAAUGUCGGUUUUGUACAAGACUAAACAACAUACUUGUCUUAAUGUCUUAAUUUGCCACAACAAUAAAUCUGGUUAUUUAUCGCUG